CUGGCCAUGAGGACCCUGUGGAUGGCGCUGUGCGCGCUGGCGCGCCUGUGGCCGGGGAGCCUGGCCGGCUGCGCCGACGCGGGGCGCUGCUGCCCGGGCCGGGACGCCGCCUGCUCCGCGCGCGGCUGGAGGUUGGACAGGGUGUACGGGACGUGCUACUGCGACCAAGCCUGCCGCCGCACGGGGGACUGCUGCUUCGACUACGCCAGGGCGUGCCCAGCUCGCCCGUGCAUCGUGGGGGAGUGGAGCCCCUGGAGCGGCUGCGGGGACCAGUGCAGGCCGGCGGCCCGCGUGCGGAGGCGCCCGGUGCAGCAGGAGCCCCGGAACGGCGGCGCGCCCUGCCCGCCCCUGGAGGAGAGAGCCGGCUGCCUGGACUACUCGACGCCGCGGGGCCAGGACUGCGGGCGCGCCUUCGUCCCUGCCUUUAUAACUACCUCUGCAUUCAACAAGGAGAGAACAAGACAAGCCGCCUCUCCACAGUGGUCUACAGACACAGAGGAUGCCGGAUAUUGUAUGGAGUUCAAGACAGAGUCAUUGACUCAUCACUGUGCUCUGGAAAAUCGCCCUCUGACUCGAUGGAUGCAGUAUCUCCGAGAGGGGUACACAGUGUGCGUUGAUUGUCAACGCCCAGCUAUGAAUUCUGUGAGCCUUCGCUGUUCUGGAGAUGGCCUGGACUCUGAUGGAAAUCAAACUCUCCAUUGGCAAGCAAUUGGCAAUCCUCGGUGUCAAGGAACUUGGAAAAAAGUUCGGCGGGUAGAUCAGUGUUCUUGUCCAGCUGUUCACAGUUUUAUUUUUAUAUAGAUGCAAUGUGUCUAGAAUGUGUUCGUAAACAUGCUACACAUUACCAUGUCAUGUUCAGUACUUCAAAAACCUUCAAAAACCAUUUGGCCAAAGUCCCUGAACACAUGUCUUUGCCAGAAUCUGAAGAGAAAGAAAAUUCACGGGCCGGUUCUCAAGAUGUACAGUACCUUUGUUUUUAUUUUUACUGCAUUGAAGACCCAUUCUAAAGGUUCCUGUAGUUUCAUGUCCAUGUCCUAUGGCUUCGUGUCCCCUCAUACAAAGGUGGCCCACACAACACAGAAUACAUGUCUGUUUGCACUAAAAUCACUACAAUAUGGUCCAUUUAUUGGUAAGUUGUCACUGAAGGGUAUCCAUGCUUUGAAUCUUGCAUUCCUUCUUUCUAUUCUGUAAUCUCUUAAAAACUUCUCACUUUAAAAAAUGUGUACAGAUAUAUAUAUAUAUAUAUAUAUAUAUAUAUAUAUAUAUAUACACUCCCACACAUACAUUUCCCAUAUAUUAUUCCAUAAAUUGUGAAAUGAUUUCAAGAAAAAAAGUCACAAAUAAUUUUCCACAGGAUGAGUUAUUUAAGAUUUAGUAGGUGUUUUGUAAUGAAAAAAAAAAAAAAAACAAUGGUUAUGUUAAAAAUGCUUUUUUUGAAGAAGAAAUUUUCUUUGGUUAAUUGAGAAGACCAAUCAAAUGUUCAUUUUAGGUCAAUCCAAGUUCCUUAAACGCUAUAAUUUUCAUGAAGAGAAUUUUGGCACCAGUGAAGGACACGAUGCUUUAACUAUGAAAAUUUUACCGUCAUUAGCAUCUAAGAUUGUUUCGCUGGCUUAAAACUUGAAGUUGACUUAAAUAAUCUUUCAGCUUUAAGCUUAAACUAACUUCAAGUUUAAUUGAAGUAAACCUACUACUUUUUUUCUACAGCAUACAUUUUCUUCUAACUGGGGUGGAAGGUAGAGUUCUAAAUUAUGGAAGACGUGGAUUUUAUUACAUAUGUGGUGAUCUCACACACAGGGAAGUAUUAGUCUUCUUCUUUUAUGAUUGGAAAACCAGUGAACCAGAGAGAGUGGCUUACGGAUGGGUUAUUUUGCUGGUCAGCCACAGAGACCAAUCUUAGUUUCUCAUCCAGGACUCAGCUUCAACGAAAAGCCUGACUAUGCCAAAGACAGCUGUGAAAGCUAAGCUCUUUUCCGUUCUGAAACAAAUGUUAAGUUUAGGGUGUUUUCUCUGGAGAGCUGCAUCUUAAAAUCUAAACCCUUUCAGUCUCAUUUAUAUGAAAUAUUAUUCACUCACAAAUGAUUUACUAAAAUACAUAUUUCUUGGUACUUAUCAAGUAAUGGCAAGAAUGACACUAGCAACCUUAAUAGGGCCAGGAAAGUCCCUAGUAUUUAAUGCUGAGAGUAGCAAUAUUUCUGACUAUGUAUUCACUUAACUGUCAGAGUUGUUGUUAUGGUAAAUUCUUCAGAGAUUAAUAAUAAAAUUAAUUAAUAAAAUUUGAGUCCAAGGUAAGGAUCUUAAGCUACAAGUUCAGUAUUAACAUUUUAGGACCAUUUCUAACAUUUGUAAAGCAAGAUUUUUGAAGAUUAUACCUGGGUAAUUUUAAUGUUACUUAACAUUUUUAUACCAGUUAAUAAACUCUCUGUUCACAUUUUUAA